AUGAAUUUUCCAAAAUUUAUAUUAUUAAAUAUUUUAUUAUUAAUUUUUGCCUCGACAUUAAAUAGUCAAUCAAUCUUUAGUUCAAUUAAUCAAAAUGGAAGUAAUGUUGAAAUUAAAUUAGUUCAACCAUUAUAUUUAUUUAAUAUAACAAAUUUAGAUAAUUUAUAUAAUGAUUAUGAUUUAAAUGGUACAUCUGUUUUAAAUUCAUGUAUUUUUAAUACAACAUAUUUUUCUUUGGAUUUAUCAAUAUUAAAAAAUAUUGACUAUAUUUUUAAAGAUUCCAAUAGCAAAUAUCAACACCUUUUUUCAAUUUGUUCCCGAACUAAACUAUAUUCUGCUCAGUCUGUUAUGCUUAAUGAAAAUGGGCAAUCUUUUACAACUGGAAAUUUGAAUACAGAGAAAUUUGAAAUCGGUAGGUUCGGUUUAAAUAAUUAUUCAUUAAAGUUAACCUAUACCAAUCCUGCAUUCUCCUUAUGUUCUAAUAGUGGUUCAACUAGAAAUUAUUAUUUUCAAUGUGAUGAAAAUCUAGAAUUUAACAUCACAUCCCCAAACUCGAAAAAUGUAAAUUAUUAUGAUUGUAAUGUAGAUGUUACUAUCGCAACAAAAUAUGUAUGUCCAUAUAAAAAUAUCAAAAAAUCAUCAAUUAAAUAUUCAUUAAUUCAACCAAAUAUUUUACGUUUUACAUUGGAUGAAAAUUCUUCAAAUUUAAUUUCAAUAAAUAAUGGAAAAGUAUAUGAAGUUUUACCAAUUAAGCCAAUAAUCCAUAGUUGUGAAAAUAAUGGUGAUAUUAUUACAGUAAAUGGUUUAUUUUUUAAAAAUAUAUUAUCAAAUUAUACAUUUGGUUUCGAUGGUCAAUUAACAAUGAACCGUUCGAAUAUAAUAUCAUUCAAUUCAACAACAUUGGUAUUAAACUCUACAGGUUAUGUUGACAAUAACUUUUUUAUUUCACUCUUUGAAAAUAAAUCUGAUAGCUAUCCAAUUUUAAAACCACAACAGCAAAUGGUAUUAAGUUCAUGGUAUGAUUAUAGUUUUCGUAAGGAACGUCUUAACAUUGAUUGUACAAAUUGCCUUGGUGCAAAAACAAUAGGAAUACAAAAUAUCUAUACAAAAUAUGCACAUUCAAUAAAAAUACCCCCUGAAGAUAUCAAUUUUAGUGGAAUCUAUUUAGAAGCCCCUAUUUAUCCUUUUAAAAGAUCAAAUUUAUUGCCAUUACCAACUAAUAUUAUAGGAGUUAAUGAUAAUAAAAUAUUUCAAUUUAAUGGAAUUUCAAUAGUUUCAAUAGCUGGUUAUUUUAUUCCAAAAAUGUAUGAUAAUCAAGCAUAUAUUACAGGAAAAUUAGAAUUUUCAAAUGGUACAUUAUGUAUAUUGGAUUAUUAUACUUUGGAUAGUAAUGUAUUAACACAAGGUAAAUUCAAUAUUCCAAGUGGUUAUGGUAAUGGUAAUUUUUCAAUUUAUACUAAAGAUAAGUUGGUUCAUUCAAAUUCAUUUACUUAUCAACCACCAUCAAAGUGGAUAUCAUCAAUCACACAAAAUUUAGAAAAGGUACAAUUACAUCUUUCAUUUCCAUUUUCUUUUUUUCCAAUUACAAGUAUUAAAUAUAAUGAUAAAAAUGGAAAAGAUUUAGACUAUACUUUAAUUGAACCAAAUAUCAUUUCAUUCACAUUAAAUACAUAUUCUACAAAUGUACUUUCAUUUAAUGAUGAUUAUCAUAACGAAACUUUAACAAAUGGAUUAAACUAUCGUCCAAUUAUUUAUAGUUAUUCAAUUCAAAAUGGUAUUAUAACAAUGGAGGGUUUCUUUAUAUCAAAUUUAUCAACUUAUAAAUUUUAUCUUGAUAAUAGUAAAAAUGCUGUUUCCAGCGAUCAAAUAACCUAUUUCGAUAGUUCAAGAAUCAGUUUAAUUAUGAAUCAGGCUUUAUAUGUAUAUGUUUAUUGUGAUGACUAUUCGUUUACAAUGGUACCAGAUCUCACAAUUACAAGCCAGCAAGACCAAUUAUUGUUUACAUGUAGUAAUUGUUUAGGUGGAUCUAUCAAUAUAAAUGAACCCCAGAGUAAUCAAGAUUCUCAAUUCUCACAAAUCGGUACAAUUGUAAAACAAUUUAAUACAAAUACAAUUGUUAAUAAAUACAAUAUUUAUACAUUUACUAAAGAUUCAAAAACAAUAAUUAUUCAACCACCUUUACCUACAAAUUUAAUAUUUGGUGCAAGUUUACCUAAAUUUUCAACAUUCAGUAAUAAUACUAUAAUAAUUAGUUCUGAUUUCUUAUUGGAUAAAUAUAAUGGUUUUGAUUACACAGAUUUCCAACUUCAAUUUGAUAAUGGUACAAUAUAUCCAGUAAAAAAACAACUUUUAUCAAAAUCAGCUCAAAACUAUAAAUAUCAAAUAAAUGCACCAUUUGCAUUUGGAUCUGGUAAUUUUUGUACAUUUAUUACUUUUGAAAAUAAUAGAAAGUUAAUAAAUUCAAUUCCAUUCUAUUAUCCAGCAAGACCAAUAAUUAAUUCAAUAUCAAAAAUUAAGAUUGGUGGUUUUAAAAUAAGUGGUGAUGGUUUCUUUAAUGUAUCUUUAAUUGCUUCUUUUAAAAAAAAUUUGGUAAAUACAACCACUGGUGUUAUAAAAAAUGUUAUCCGAUGUGAUCCUCAAACAACCCAAAGUCAAAAUUUAGAUUGUGAAUUUAUAAAUACAAUACAUACAGAUAAAUUAAAUGAAUUUCCAAUUACAAUACUAAUUAAAAGCCAAAGUAAUUCACUGUUCAGAUUUGAACCAUUUUAUAUCCAAUCUUAUUUUUAUUAUCCAAAUUCUUAUUCAUAUUAUGAAAUGAACAAUGAUAUUAGUUUACAUUCGGUUUUCUCCAAAUUAGUUGCAACUAUUUUUAUUAUAAUAUCAAUAUUGCUUCAAUAA